UAGGUGCUGUCAGCCUGCUUGCUUCCGUUGCAAGGCCAUGGAAGGAGGCGGCGGCGCUGCUGGCUCAAGAGCGACGCCAGCUAGUUGGGAUCUCGGGCCACAGUGGGCGCCGCCCACCUCGGCUUACCCGCACCACUUCAUGCCGCCGCCGGCUGGCCUGCAGGAGCUCACGAGCCUCGAGCUGGGGAAGCGCCCGUGCUGCGCGGCGGACGGGAGCGGCGCCGGCGGCGGGCGCGCUUCGGCGGACGGCAGGAGGAAGGAGAAGGCGGCGGCGGCCACGGCGGCCGUGCCGAGGUGCCAGGUGCAGGGCUGCCACCUCGCGCUGGCCGGGGCGAAAGAGUACCACCGCCGCCACAAGGUCUGCGAGGCGCACUCCAAGGCGCCCCGGGUCGUCGUGCACGGCGCCGAGCAGCGCUUCUGCCAGCAGUGCAGCCGGUUCCACGCCAUGUCCGAGUUCGACGACGCCAAGCGGAGCUGCCGCCGGCGCCUGGCCGGCCACAACGAGCGGCGGCGGAAGAGCAACGCCAGCGAGGCAAUGGCCAGGGGCUCAAUCUCGCACGCGCACGGAGUGGCGUCGUUGGUGCAGGGUUUCGCGCCGUACGGCGCGUUGACGACGUCCCCGGCUGGUGCUCUCUCUCUUCUGUCAUCGACCAGAGCCACCCCCUGGCUGAUCCCGACGAACCCCAGCGACGUGUUCUCCGCCCACUCCAGCAGCGCCGCGCUGGACGAGCUCAUCGCCGAGAACCGCGCGGCCCUCCUGGCGUGCCACUUCUUCCCCGAGCGCUCGGGUGCCGCCCGGCCCGCGGUCCCGGCGGCAGAGAUGACGGCCGGCGGCUGGCACCAAGCGGCGUACCAGCAGGUGCACGGGGUGGCGGGCAACGGCGCCGUCCGCCGCGACCAGGGAGGAGCUCCUCCUCCGGCGGGGCACGUGACGCUCGACCUCAUGCAGGCGCCGGCCACGGCGGGCGCGCGGUUCCGGCCCAUGGCGCCGGACAGGCACACCGAGGACGGCGAUGCCGGCCGUGGGUCGGGCGUGUGGACGCCCCUGCAGGGCGCCCACGUAGUCUGAGCUAGUCGGCACGCACGAAACGGCUGGCCCGCGCGUACGCGGCAGGAAAGCACGUCAGACAGUGCAAUCGACUUGAGUAGUUGAGUUGGAGUAUAUCGUCUUUGUCUUGUGGCGGGUGCUGCAUCUUCCCAAAGUAAAUUCUGAUUAAUAAAGGAUGUAUUCAAUUUGA